CUUUUCUGGAAUUAACCCAAGAAAUAACAAAUCCCUUCUCCCUUCAACGCUCCGCCGUCGAAUGAAGAUCCAUCAGGAUCCAAAAUCUGCUAGAACCGUGUGAUCGCAGGGAAAGGACGCGUCGGUGCACCAGUUCACAAUUGCAGCGAAUUUUUCUGAUCGACGCUGAUCUCGACCCUGCCGCUCUCUCUUUCGGAGGAGUCAUGAACCAAGGACGGCCUCCCUCCCCCUUUUUUUCGAAAUUAGGAGAGAAAGCUGGGAAUCUGAAGAUCGCACAAGACGUUGAAGAAGGGCUCUUACAUGGCAAAGCCAUUGUCGCGCUCGAGUCUACCAUAAUUUCUCAUGGCAUGCCCUUUCCCCAGAAUCUCCGAACCGCGAAAGAGGUUGAGGCUAUUGUGAGAGAGAACGGGGCUAUUCCGGCCACAAUCGCCAUUUUGGAUGGGGUUGCGUGCGUUGGCUUGAGUGACACUCAACUUGAGAGGCUUGCGAAGCUUGGAAGCAAAGCUCAGAAGACGGCUCGCAGGGAUAUUCCACAUGUUGUUGCAACUGGUGGAAAUGGUGCAACAACAGUUUCUGCAAGCAUGUUUUUUGCCUCUAAGGUUGGCAUACCAGUAUUUGUUACUGGUGGGAUUGGGGGGGUGCACAGACAUGGUGAACAAACAAUGGAUAUUUCUUCUGAUCUUACUGAACUGGGAAGGACUCCAGUAGCAGUUAUCUCAGCUGGCGUGAAAUCAAUAUUAGACAUUCCAAGAACUUUAGAGUUUUUGGAAACUCAAGGAGUGACAGUAGCUGCUUACAAGACGAGUGAAUUUCCUGCAUUUUUCACUGAAUCUAGUGGAUGCAAGGUUCCUUGUCGUCUGGAUACUCCAGAGGAAUGUGCUAGGCUCAUGCAUGCAAACCUGACAUUAAAUCUCGGUAGUGGAAUGCUGAUUGCUGUGCCUAUUCCUAAAGAAUAUGCUGCUUCUGGUAAUUUGAUAGAGUCUGCAAUACAGAGGGCCCUAGAAGAAGCAAAGAAGAAGCAUGUGACAGGCAAUGCAGCCACUCCUUUUUGCUCCAGAGUGAAUGAGCUAACUGAGGGAGAAUCUUUGGUUUCAGAUAUUGCACUUGUGAAGAACAAUGCAUUAGUUGGUGCAAAAAUUGCAGUUGCUCUUUCUCAGAUGAGGAGGAUUACAGAUAACGGACAUUUGAGAUCGGCAUUGUAAAUAAGAUCACAAGAGUGGCAAGUGUUGUUUACACUCAUUUGGAAAGAAGGGAAAUUUGAGGAUGCUUGUCGAUAUCUUGCUUGCACUCCAUCCCUAAACAAGAAAUGGUAAUAGCCUAGGAGACGAAGAUGCGAUGAUAUUGGAGGCUAUCUAAAUCCUUUAGCUUUUGCAUUGAUUUGAUGACAAAUCUAUUA